AAUGAGCAAUGCAUUUAAAUAGGCUGGAAACACUCUCUCAAAAGGUAAUGAUUUGGGAUAGACUGGACAGAGCUUUGCAGGAUCUUAAAAUCCAGCAUCUUUAAAAGGGAAACUAAUGAGUUUAGAAGUAAUGAAACUGAUACCAUAUUUUAUAAUAGGAAACAAUCAAAGGUAUUCAAGAUGAGAUGAAUUUCCAUAAGAAAGAAGUUUAAAUAUUAAAAUCUGAGAAAGACACUCUUGAAUCUGUUUUAAGUAUGAAAACUUAAGAUGUCAAAAAAACAUUAACUAAUGAAUUAAUGAGAAUAGAAGAAGAAAUGAAACGGUAUUCUAAUUUAAUAAAAUAGACAUUUCGCCCAUCAAAAAGCAGAGAAUUCUAGAUUAUAAUAAUAAAUUACUGCUCUUAAAGGAGAAAAAACUGCCCUCCAAUAAUAAUUACUUGGACUUUAAAGAAGAAUUGCUGAAUUAGAACUCCAAGUUGGAUAAGAGUAGGCAUGAUU